UCUUCCACGCCACCAUCAAACUUAUUACAAGCAAACACUCUUCAAGACGCAAAAUCCCCCUCUGAAAAGCAAAAAAAUGUUGAUCCUCCUCCUUUUCCUGCCUCCACCUCUUCCUCCACCGGCUCUCAAGAAAUGUCCGCCGUGUUACGCCGCAGAAUAACCAGGACAAGCAUCCACAUAAUGGCCUUAGAUGGCAUCGUCAACGUAAACUCACUCUUCACCUUGGCGCUCUUCCUCGGCAUCACAUCUACCAACAUCAAUUCCACCCUCGUCGAUGCCGACACCACCUGCGCAGCCGGACCCUCCGUUGCCGAAGGCCUUAUUACUUACCACGUCUACUCCUUCAGCUGCUUCCUCUUCUCCAGCCUCAUCGCCAUGGCUCUCAAACAGGCCAUCAACAUCAGCAAGGGUGUGGAGGAAGCCGAUGCUCUGGGCGUUGCUGGUGUGCGCAAUGACGCCUUGAGCUUCGUCGUCAAAGUUGACAUUUUGGCUCUCAGGACGGGGAUCCUCGUUUCGGCCAUUGGAUCGGUUUUUGGAUGUGGGUUCUUGGUCAUGGCUCUGGUGAAUCUUGUGCAGAUCAAGUUGGGAACUCUGGGUUGUGGGAGUCACUACACUUUUGCUGCUGUUGGUCCCCUGCUCUUUCUCGUUCCCAUGGCACUUGUCAUCUACAUCGUUCUCGUGCUCUACGCCUUUUCUCGCUGAGGAUUUCCAGAGAAAUUCCUUCCGUGUUUAUUGCGCCUUUUUGCGAUGUUCUGGAGCAAAUUUCCAAACUCAAAGGAAAGAACAGGUAGCAUCUGAUGGUCGAUUAUGUAUAUACUAGUAUAACUUUCAACUGGUAACUACGAUGGUCCGACAGACUGGGUUUAAAUUAGUAAUGGAUUUUGUAGUGGUUCUAAGGCUCAGCAUUAAUACCCAUGGUGAAUCUGAAUUUUCAUAUCUCCGCUGCUUCAUCUUCCAGUUCAUCUCUUUCUUAUUGUCCUCAGUCGGUGCCGCUGAUGUGUUCAAUGCCGAUCACUGUUGAAAACAGCAGAUCAAAAUGAAUUCAACCAACCAACCACCUCUUGCAUUCAAAUAAAUUUAGUUGUCUGAUAUGCCUAUAAAUACCUUGAAAAUCAUUACCACCUUAAUUUUUUCAAAGGAGCAAACCAUGACGUCAUAUAUCCCGUAGCAGGAUCAGAUCGAUGUUGUUCUCCUCCGGAGAGAGGUCUCAAAAAAAUCUUGUUUCCCUUAUGCUGCUCAAAAUAGGAUAUGGUACAUGUCCUUUAAACAAAAUUCUGAAUGUCAGUUCCUGUGGAGGAUCUGGAGAAUUCUUCAUGCCCGCAUAUCUGUUCAUUGCAUCCGGAGGAAGCACUGAUGUGGUUCACUCGUUUCCAUAAUUGCAUUACUUCGUCCAUAAGUUUAAAUCUCUUACCACUGCAAUAAUCAAGUCUUUGUAACUUGCAAGGUUAGACAUGGUGCUCGAACUAAUCGUUGUUGUUGCAUCGCCUGAAACAUCCGGAAUGGAUUACUUCCUA